AGUGAAGAAAUAAGAGUUGGAAGAAGAAGAUGGUGCUCGCUAGGGGGAACCCUGAGUGAAUGAAGUUUUGGAUAACAGGUGCUCUGGCCCGAGGUACUAGGUAACUGGUUUUACAGCUAGCAGUAGUUAUGGCAGCACAGAUGUCAGAAUCUGAUCAGGUCAAACAGUUCAAAGAAUUUCUUGGGACAUAUAAUAAACUGACAGAAAACUGUUUCCUGGAUUGCGUGAAGGACUUCACAACAAGAGAAGUUAAGGCAGAAGAGAUUACCUGCUCAGAACACUGUCUACAAAAGUAUCUGAAAAUGACCCAGAGGAUAUCUAUGAGAUUCCAAGAGUACCACAUACAACAGAAUGAAGCUUUAGCUGCUAAAGCCGGACUUCUUGGUCAGCCGAGAUAGAUAAUUGGAAACUACCCUACUAGGUUGUAGAAAUUCUAAGAGCUUAAUGCCCUGCAAGACAAAGAAGCAAUGGAGUGUUAAGUUGUCCGUCCUUCAUACUGCAAUAGCAGAUUUGCGCAAUUAAAGGGAUGGAGCAACCUUGAGUCAGCAGCAAUUUUUUUUUCACUUUUCAUGUGACACAAGUGCCCAUCACAUAAAGGCCCACCCUUUGAGAUUAAAAAAACUUUUAUAAUAAAAUGUUUAAAAACAUUA